CAGACACACGCACACAUGCUUUCUCCCUCACCUAUUCUCACUGGCAUCUGACGGGAGGACACUGUGGUGGAUUUUCCAGCACAAACAAGUGAGGAAGAAAAAGGCAGAAGAAGUUUUCUCAGACAGGUUUGGAUCACUCCGCAAGACAAUGCGUUCCUGUCCAGUUUUCCCAGCUUUUCUUUGGAUUUGGUAAUCCUGUAGACUGUAACUUCUUCAGACGGUCUGGGAGAGACGGACUGAGAAAGAGAAUGCUCCCUACGGUCAUAAGGAUUUUAUAUGUGUUGUCUUUUUUCUUUUUCCAAGGGGGAUUUAUCAGACUGGGCUCCUGUAAAGAGGAGAUAAAGUCAUCCGGCAGGCCAGCCCAAAAGCCUAUGUCUCCAUCCGACUUUCUGGACAAGCUGAUGGGAAGAACCUCCGGCUAUGACGCACGCAUCAGACCUAACUUCAAAGGACCACCUGUAAAUGUCACCUGCAACAUUUUCAUCAACAGUUUUGGGUCUAUUACAGAAACAACCAUGGACUACAGGCUGAAUGUGUUUCUACGGCAACAAUGGAAUGAUCCUCGAUUGGCCUACAGUGAAUAUCCAGAUGCAUCUCUAGAUCUGGACCCUUCUAUGUUGGACUCCAUAUGGAAACCUGACCUGUUCUUUGCUAAUGAGAAAGGUGCAAACUUUCACGAAGUCACAACAGACAACAAGCUGCUGAGGAUCUUUCAGGAUGGCAACGUUCUAUAUAGCAUUAGGCUAACACUCAUCUUAUCCUGUCCAAUGGAUUUAAAGAAUUUCCCAAUGGACACUCAGACCUGCACCAUGCAGCUUGAAAGCUUUGGCUACACCAUGAAUGAUCUGAUCUUCGAGUGGCUUUCUGAAAACCCUGUGCAGGUCGCAGAUGACUUGACUCUUCCCCAGUUUCUAUUAAAGGAGGAAAACGAUCUUGGCUACUGUACCAAACACUACAACACAGGUAAAUUUACCUGUAUUGAGGUGAAGUUUCACUUAGAGAGACAGAUGGGCUACUAUCUCAUUCAGAUGUACAUCCCCAGCCUCCUGAUUGUCAUCCUGUCUUGGGUGUCUUUCUGGAUCAACAUGGAUGCCGCCCCUGCUCGGGUAGGCUUGGGUAUCACCACUGUGCUGACCAUGACCACCCAGAGCUCUGGCUCACGAGCUUCUCUACCCAAGGUGUCCUAUGUGAAAGCCAUCGACAUCUGGAUGGCCGUUUGUCUGCUGUUCGUAUUCGCUGCGCUGUUGGAGUACGCAGCAGUCAACUUUGUCUCAAGGCAACAUAAGGAGUUCAUCAGGCUGCGUAAGAAACAGCGAAGGCAGAGAAUAGAGGAAGAGUUUGUUCGGGAAAGCCGAGGCUUUUACUUCCGUGGGUACGGACUGGGCCAUUGCUUACAAGCAAAGGAUGGAACAGCUGUAGAAGGGUCCAGCGUAUUCACCCCACCACCACCCCCUGUGCAAGUCAUAUAUGAUGGUGAAGCAGUCCGGAAACGCUUUGUGGACCGCGCCAAGCGGAUCGAUACCAUAUCCAGAGCUGUGUUCCCUCUCAGCUUCCUCAUAUUUAACAUCUUCUACUGGAUCACCUACAAAGUACUGCGACACGAGGAUAUUCAUACCAACCUGUAAUAAGGCCAUCUCUCCUGGUUACACCAAUUAUUCAUCUUUACCGCUUCUUUUCCUGUAUCCUUUUUCUUUCAACCAAAAGCAGCUGUUACAUCCACACUAGGAAUGUAUUUCUAAGGCAUUUUUUCGCCUCAGAAAUGCUAUCAGUGCUCAAACCAUGUGCUCAGGUGUGACUUUUUGAUUUCCAAAAGAGUAUAAAGUGCCCCACUCAGAGUGACAAAGGUGGGCUCGUAGAUGCAAAUACUGCUGGUGUCUCUUUGACAUCUUCAUUUGAGUGGACCUGCACUAAUAGCCAGUGAUAUUUUUCUCACUUCUCCAGCUCCGUUCGGGUUAUCGGCUGAAAGAAUUGUGUGUUGUUUUGGGCAGAAAAUAUCGACUUGAAUUUAUCACUAGGCGCACCCUUGAAUGAAUGUUUUUCAAAACCUCAAAACAAAAGUGAUUUUUUUACACAUUCAAAUGCGAAACAAAUGGGCUGGGAAGGGGGAUUGGGAUUUAUUAUUCAUGGGUAUAGUUGCAGGGGAUGGUGUAAUGUUUUACAAAUAU